AUGCAGAUCCAAAAGAAACCGAAUGACGAGAGAGGAAUGCGUUGCUUGCGUACUGAGGAAGCAUGCCGCUGUACAUAUGAUGAGGUGGCCACUCUACUUAACACAAAUAUCCAUAAUGGAUUGUCUUGGCAAGAAGCCAAUCGCAGAUUGGCUUUGCAUGGUCCAAAUGAGUUUGAGGUGACACAGGAUGAGCCAUUAUGGAAGAAAUACAUAGAACAGUUUAAGAAUCCUCUGAUUCUUUUAUUACUUGGAUCUGCAUUGGUUAGUAUUUGUAUGCAGCAAUUUGAUGAUGCAUUUAGUAUUACAGCUGCUAUUGUUAUUGUUGUAACUGUUGCAUUUGUACAGGAAUAUAGAUCAGAAAAAUCACUUGAAGAACUUAAUAAAUUAGUACCUCCCACCUGUACAUGCCUUAGGGAAGGACGUAAAGAAAAUUUUCUAGCAAAGAAUCUAGUGCCUGGAGACGUAGUAUUGCUUGGUAUUGGUGAUAGAGUACCUGCUGAUCUCAGACUCUUUGAGGCAGUUGAUCUUUCCAUCGAUGAAAGUAGUUUUACUGGAGAAACUGAACCUUCAAACAAGGUUACAAAGCCAUUAGAGAAAACAAAUGGAAUAACAAGCAGACAUAACAUUGCCUUCAUGGGAACUCUUGUCCGAUGUGGAGUUGCCAAAGGCAUAGUGAUAUCUACUGCUGAAAAGUCAGAAUUUGGAGAACUUUUCAAAAUGAUGCAAGCUGAAGAAGCUCCAAAAACUCCACUUCAGAUUAGCAUGGAUACCUUAGGAAAGCAGCUAUCUCUGUAUUCCUUUGCUAUUAUUGGCUUAAUUAUGCUAGUGGGUUGGAUACAAGGAAGACCUCUCAUGGAAAUGUUCAAUAUUGGAGUUAGCCUUGCUGUUGCUGCAAUACCUGAAGGGUUACCCAUUGUUGUUACUGUUACACUUGCAUUGGGAGUGAUGAGAAUGGCAAAGAGGAAUGCCAUCAUAAAAAAGUUGCCUACUGUAGAAACUCUAGGAUGUGUGACAGUUACGUGUUGUGACAAAACAGGAACUCUCACAAAAAAUGAAAUGACUGUUACAUCGAUUGUUACAUCUGAAAUGUAUCAUGCAGAAGUUACUGGUGUUGGAUAUUCUGAACCCGGUCAAGUUCACAUAACAGAGUCAGGAAAUCAUGCUCAACAGAUGAAUUCUGCCAGGAGUGUCAUUGAGGCUGGUUGCGUAUGUAAUAAUGCUGAAGUUGUGAAUGAUCAACUGAGAGGACAACCAACUGAAGGUGCUUUGCUUGUAGCUGCUAAAAAGUUGGAUCUGCAUAAUGUGCAAGAAAGAUAUACUCGCCUUCAAGAAAUACCAUUUAGUUCUGAGAAUAAAUUUAUGGCUGUUAAGUGCCUCCCGAAAUUUGGUUUAGGAACAGAAAGAUAUUUUGUAAAAGGAGCAAUUGAAAUCAUAUUACCGAAGUGUACAAAAUACAGCUUUCAUGGCUCACCUGUACUCAUUUCCAAAGAAGCAUAUUCACAAUUUCUUAAAGAAGCACAGUAUAUGGGACGAAAAGGCUUAAGAGUUCUUGCUUUGGCUUCUGGUUCUGCACUAGAUGAUCUCAUGUUUCUCGGGAUGGUUGGUAUCCUCGAUCCUCCUCGAUCGGGCGUUGCUGAAGCGAUCCAGACUUUACAUGGCAGUGGAGUGUUUGUGAAAAUGCUUACUGGAGAUUCAGAAGACACUGCUUGUGCUAUUGCUUCACGGCUUGGUCUUUACGCUGUGGGUAGUGUAACAUUAUCUGGUGAUAAAAUAGAUUGCAUGGGUGAUGAUGACCUUUCUCGAAUUAUCAAUGCUGUUUCUAUUUUUUACCGAGUGGGACCAGGUCACAAACUUCGGAUUGUUAAGGCCUUGCAAAGGAAUGGAGCUAUUGUGGGUAUGACAGGAGAUGGAGUAAAUGAUAGUGUAGCUUUAAAAAAGGCAGACAUUGGCAUUGCUAUGGGAAAAUCUGGUACGGAUGUAUGCAAAGAAGCUGCAGACAUGAUUUUAGUGGACGAUGAUUUCUUUACUAUAAUGGCUGCCAUAGAAGAAGGCAAAGGAAUAUUUUAUAAUAUUAGAAAUUUUGUACGAUUUCAGCUUAGCACGAGUAUUGCUGCCCUUUCUUUGGUGGCCGUUUCUACCCUAAUGCAUAUACCCAACCCAUUAAAUGCCAUGCAGAUUUUAUGGAUCAAUAUUAUAAUGGAUGGACCACCAGCUCAGAGCUUAGGUGUAGAACCUGUCGAUCAUGAUGUUCUCAAACAGCCUCCUCGGAAUGUAAAAGAGCCCAUGAUCACAAGAGAGCUUAUCAUUAAUGUCAUCAUGUCAGCUCUUAUCAUUAUCACAGGAACCAUGUGGAUAUUUAGAAGAGAGAUGAGUGAUAUGAUGGUUACUAGACGAGAUACAACUAUGACCUUCACAUGUUUUGUAUUUUUUGACAUGUUCAAUGCUCUUAGUUGCAGAUCUCAGACCAAAUCUAUUUUCACCAUUGGACUCUGUAGCAAUCGCAUGUUCCUAUUGGCUGUCACUGGAUCAGUUGUUGGACAGUUACUUGUAAUUUAUUUUGCCCCAUUACAGAGGAUAUUUCAGACGGAAGCUUUGCCAUUAUCAGAUAUUUUAAUGCUUGUUGCUCUCACAUCAUCUGUUUUUGUUGUGUCUGAAGUUAAGAAAAUGAUUGAAAGAACAAUCCUUCGUAAACAGACUGAAAAACAGUUCUUUGACUCUGAUUAUGUUUAA